GCAACCAGCGACUGCGUGCUCGAAGAAAACCUCCAAGAAGUUGCCCACCUUUUGGGAGCUUAAAGUUUUCCUUUGCGUCGACGCGACGCUGCCCUUAGCGAUUCCGUUUGACCACAACAAACCGAGCACGCAAGUUGAGCCAAUUCCUUAAGAGAAAGCUGACGUGACUGCUUUGGGAGCAGGACAAGCAACAGCACCAACACCAGGACGAUGUCCAACGAAGAGAACGACGACUAUAUGGCCAGCUUGAGUCAGGCCCAGACCGGCGAGGAUGAGGUCGAUGGCGGUGGAGAGGCAGCUGGCAGUAACGACUCCGUUCUGGGCGGCCAAACAAUGCCACAAAUUAGUCCGAACGCACCGCUCGAGGGAAACGUUUCGCCGCCACCGACGCAGCCCCAUUUGGAUGAUAAUCUGCACAACGGGAACGGGAACGGGAACGGCAUCCACAGCAGCAGCAGCAACAUUAACAAGCACGGCAGCAACAUCAACGGCAACAACGAUAGCAACCGCAGCAGUCCUGCGAAGAGUCCCAAGCGUCCGGUGUCCUCCAGCUUCCGGAUUCAGAACGCCAGCCGGUACGAUAAUGAUGAGGAGGACUUAGCAGCCAGCGAGCAGGUGGCUGGUGGAGAUCGGCAGGUGCCGGAUUAUUGGCAGCAACGGAACGGUGCGACCACUGGUGCAACCAGUGUGCGGCAGAGUCGCGCCAUUAGUCCCGGGUAUCUGGACAACAUGAGCGAGAACUCGGAGCAGCCGCCGGUGGUGCCGCUGGUGCGAUCCAAGUCCCGUCCAGAAAUUUCAAGUGCAGCGGCAUCGCGCUAUAACAAUCUCUCCUAUUGGAAGGCACGCCGUGUGGUGUUCUACCGGAAUGGGGAUCCAUUCUUUCCGGGCGUGGAGCUGCGAUAUCGUCCCGGGCGGGAUGUCACCUCGCUGGACAAUCUUCUCGAUAAGAUCUCGCCCAAGAUGGACUUGCCACGGGGUGCUCGAUAUGUGUUCUCCAUGGACGGAGAUCGAAAAUAUCAUCUCGAUGAACUGGAGGAUGGAGCCUUCUAUGUCGUAUCCUCGUUCAAGGCCUUCAAGCCUGCCAGCUACGGCAAGAAGAACGGGAUGUGGUAUGCAUCGCCUGGAAAUCAGGGAUGGGGCUCCAAGCCCGCCAGUCGGAAGCCCUCAAUAAUGGAAGCGGAUUUGGGCACAUUAUCGACCACAUCAGGCUCGAUAAAGCGCAGCGCCGGCCGUGUGAUACGCAUCAUCAAUAAUUUGGAUCAUUCGGUGCAGUGUCGCGUUUUGCUGAACCUACGCACCUCGCAGCCGUUCGAGGAAGUGCUCGAGGAUUUGGGUCAAGUGCUGAAAAUUAACGGAGCAAAGAAAAUGUACACAGGCACUGGCCAGGAGGUGCGCAGCUUUUCUCAGCUGCGGAAUGAGUUCGCCGACGUUGACACCUUCUACCUGGCCACGGGAACGGCCCUGAUUGCCGGCUCACCCAUCCGGCGCUCCAGGUCCCGCCCCUCGGUGGUGGCCGCCGCACCCAUUUUGCCCACGGAUGAGCUGCCCAAGGUGCCGCUGCGAGGCGCCCGUCCGCGGAGCAAGAGCCGACCGCGGAUUCUGUACGCUCCGGAGAGCGAGAUCCUGCGGCCGAACGGCGAGUACACGAUGCUGGACAUCAUGAAGGAGGAGCCCACCAAGGUCACAAUCCGGGGACUGCGGCGCACCUUCUAUCCGCCCGUUCACCAUGCGCCGGCCGACAAUUCCCCGCCGGACAAAAAACUGCAGCUUCAAUGGGUCCAUGGCUAUCGCGGCAUUGAUGCGCGGCGAAAUCUCUGGGUUCUGCCCUCCGGAGAACUGCUUUACUACGUGGCUGCCGUGGCCGUACUCUUUGACCGCGACGAGGAUGCACAGAGACACUACACCGGACACACCGAGGAUAUCAUGUGCAUGGAUGUGCAUCCCUCUAGGGAGCUGGUUGCGUCAGGACAGAAAGCUGGACGAGAUCGCAAGUCGCAGGCGCACGUCCGCAUCUGGAGCACCGAGUCCCUGCAGACGCUCUACGUCUUUGGCAUGGGCGAACUGGACAGCGGGGUGACGGCAGUGGCCUUCUCGCAGCUGAACGGAGGUAGCUACAUACUGGCGGUGGACAGUGGACGCGAGAGCAUUCUGUCCGUGUGGCAGUGGCAGUGGGGUCACCUGCUGGGCAAAGUGGCCACCCUGCAGGAGGGUUUGUCGGGGGCUGCCUUCCACCCGCUGGACGAUAAUCUCAUCAUCACCCAUGGACGUGGUCACCUUGCCUUCUGGCACCGGCGCAAGGAUGGCUUCUUUGAGCGCACGGACAUCGUGAAGCAGCCGUCGCGUUCCCAUGUCACCAGUGUGCAAUUCGAGCCGGAUGGCGAUGUAAUCACUGCUGAUUCGGAUGGGUUCAUAACCAUUUACUCGGUGGACUCCGAUGGCGCCUACUUCGUCCGCACGGAGUUCGAGGCGCACAACAAGGGUAUCGGAUGCCUGAUCAUGCUGGGCGAGGGCACCCUACUCUCCGGAGGCGAGAAGGAUCGCAAGAUCGCCGCCUGGGACUCCCUGCAGAACUACAAGAAGAUUGCCGAUACUAAGCUCCCGGAGGCCGCCGGUGGAGUACGUACCAUCUAUCCGCAGCGGCCCGGGCGGAAUGACGGGAACAUCUACGUGGGCACCACGCGGAACAACAUCCUGGAGGGCUCGCUGCAGCGCCGCUUCACCCAGGUGGUCUUUGGCCACGGACGUCAACUAUGGGGCUUGGCAGCCCAUCCGGACGACGAACUGUACGCCACCGCCGGGCACGACAAGCACGUGGCCCUGUGGCGCAAGAACAAGCUCAUUUGGACCAUUCAAACAGGUUAUGAGUGCGUGGCACUGGCAUUCCAUCCAUUCGGCACUCUGGCCGCCGGCAGCACCGAAGGUCACCUGUUGGUCAUCAACUGCGAAAAUGGGGCAGUAAUGCUGACCCUGAGGGUCUGCGGUUCGCCCCUUAAUUGCGUGGCUUACAACCAGGUUGGCGACAUGAUAGCCAUGGGCUCCCAGAACGGUAGCAUUUAUCUGUUCCGCGUGUCGCGCGACGGAUUCUCGUACAAGAAGGUGAACAAGAUCCGGGGAUCGCAACCGCUGACCCACUUGGACUGGAGCAUGGACGGCAACUUUGUGCAGACGGUGACCAUCGAUUUUGAUCUGCUCUUCUGGGAUGCCAAGUCCUUGUCCCCGGAGCGCAGUCCCAUUGCCAUGAAGGACGUCAAGUGGCUGACCAACAACUGCACCGUGGGCUUCCUGGUGGCGGGCCAGUGGAGCAACCGCUACUACAGCACCACCAACACCAUCGUGGCCACCUGCAGUCGCUCCGCCGCCCACGACAUGCUCGCAUCCGGUGACGCCGAGGGCUAUCUGAGAUUGUUCAGAUAUCCCUGCAUCUCGCCGCGCGCCGAGUUCCACGAGUCGAAGGUGUACUCCGGGAUGCUGGCCUGCGUCCGCUUCCUGUGCGGCGACCACACGCUCAUCACCGUGGGCGGCACAGAUGCGUCCCUGAUGGUGUGGGACAUUGUCGAGGAAUAGCUGAAAUGGCCACCGUGGCACCGCACCGCCGCCCAGUACGAAGCCAGUUACUCGGACUACUGGCACCGCCGCGCCUCGAGGGUCUCCUCUACGAUCCUCGACAGCGAUUCGGUGGACUAUCCGUAGUGCUGAGUACGAGGGAAAUCGGAGAUGGGCGGCGAACUGCUUGCUAGACCCAGACGAACUACAAUUGGCCAGCGUUCCGUUUUUGGUUUUAGACGAACAAAAUAUUGAUAUUAGAUAAUUGCACCUAAUACGAGAGAAAUUUAAUAUUUUCGAGAAGUUUUUGAGAAAAGUGAAAAAAGAAACCCGCACUAGCAACGAGCACCGCAGUCCAGCAAUCCAGCAAUCCAAAAGUCGGCUUCCACUCAGAAAUUUAUUCUUCCGUUUCGGUCUUGCCAUCUGCAUUUGUCCCCUACGCUCCACAUUUGUUUGAGCCCCUCGAACAAACUCUACAUGCCACUGGUGGAUCUAAAACUAUAACCCUAAACGACGAUACCGCAUAUAAAUACUUCAUCUUCCAGAAAGUUGUCAGAACUCUUCCGAACAAAUGCAGCAAACCAGACAGCAAGUGACAAACAGACAUACAUCUCACCCGAAUCACCUACACGGAUAACGAAACCCAAGUGCACUUCCAACAUAUAUACUUAUAUAUACAUAUAUCGAAUGUGUAUUGUUACAGCAACUUUUAUUAUAAGCGUUGAAAUAAAUAAACAGUUUGAAACGGAGCAAAAAGCCCGGGCAACCGUU